UCAUCAUGGAUCCGAUGUGCUCAUCCGAUUCGCCACUUCUGGGUUGGAUAUGUCAGCUGAACUAUGGUUGCGGUGGUUUGCUGACACUGCAUGACACGUCCCAACAUGUACCUUUCUCUACCUCGACUUUGCCAUUACGAAUUGGUCAGAAAGUCAGUUUUCGCAUCCGCUUUGCUGACAAGAUUGAAGCUGUAGACCUACAAGUGUCAUCAAUCCAAGCAAGGGAUGGCCUGCCCGCAGAGCAUGUGUCAAGCAGCUCCCAACAGUCACCAACUGGGAACGUCAUCCAGGAAGCAGCGAGGUCCUGCUCUGGUUUGCAGCGUCAAAUCCGGCGCUUGCAACGUGGAAUCCUGAAGUUCAGCAAUGCAGCCAAGGUUGAACAGUACCAACUGGUACUUGAAGCAGAGAGAUUGCUGGACAAAGUGCUUGGCCAACCAGAUUUGGACGGCGAUUCUCUUUGCCAGUUGAUCCGACGCUGCGCCAGCUGGCUACAUGCACCAAUAUUCAAAGCCUUGGCAGGGGACGAACCCAGCCUAUCAGAUGGGCAGCACCCCAUGAAUUUGCAGUGCCGCGUUCGAAAGCUGCUGAUCAGAGCUUUGGAUCAUUUGGACCUGUCUGAUAGACCUACGUUUGAAGCUGUAGAGGCUGCUAUGCUUCACCUGCACACGCUGGUUCAACAAGUUGAUUUAAAACUCAGCUCGCGAACGGACAGAUCUUCAGAUUCUGCACGGCAGUGGCUGAAACUCAGAGAGCUUGUGCGGGGUUCCAGUUCGGAAAGUUCCUUUCCUGGAAGUGUUGUAGCCUAUCAUGGGCGACAAGGUGUAGCACCCACCACGAAAAGGCCAGAAAAGAAACAUCGCAUCGAUUGGAUGAAGUCGAAGCUCAGGAUUGCAGAAGACUUCUUGCCAGCGGAAAGAAGCAGAGUAUGCAAACGUCAACGUCCAGCGAAGCAAGUGAAACCAGCAGUUCGAGGAGGUUACCUGAAAUGCUUUGCGGGAUCCGUGUACGAGCCAUCCAGCAAGAUCCAGGCACUUCGCAGCAUCUUUAAGUCGGAGCCUCACAAGGUGAAAUGCUCAGAAUGUGCUUUCACCAUCAGUAGCAGUUGGCGGUUCCAACAUCCAAAGACGAGGGCAAUCGCCAUUCUUGUGCCUAGCAAUGGGCACAAUGCCUGCCAGCACAGGUUGAAAAAGCGCUGUUUUUGGCGAGCGCUUGGUCAGAUUCGAUCCAAAUCAGAUGUGCACGCGAAUCUCAAUUUUUGUUGCCAUGACCGUUUGCUGAUGCAAUGUGCUCCUUGUGGUGGUCAGAUGAUGUGCCACCAUGGGCGGCAGAGAUAUCAGUGCAAAGACUGCGGUGGGGGUCGCAUAUGCGAGCAUGAGAAGCGGAGAGAUGCGUGCACCUGCCCAAACAGCGGAAGCGAGGAGCUGCUGAACAGCAAACGAAGGGCGGCAGAUGAGAAAAGAUGCUGAAGGACUGAAUCUCCCUGGAUCAGGUACAAAUUGUCUGGAAGGAGCGGUUUGCUAGUGUAGGGAAACAUCUUGCAAGGCAAACGAAAGCGGCAGGUUCUUCUGGCGCGUAGCAAAGCUCUGUGUGGAUGGCAGCUGGCAGAUCUGGCAGUUCCGCUUGCGAUGGGAGGCACCUUGCCUGAGUGCAGGGACCACAGCAGCCCUGGAAACGAAUCAGACAUUCAGACGAUGGCCUGGGUGAAAA